AUGCUUCGUAACUUCAGGUUUCUUUCUAGUCUGGCCAAGAAGGCGGCAGCUAAUGCCGAGCACCAGUCUGUGCACACACAUACCAUCAAAACCCCAGUGGGAAUAAGAGCUGCUAUAGAAUCUCUUAAACCCAAGACUACCCGUUUGUCAAUUGAAGGGGCCAUUGAAUGUGAUCUCGAAGGGUUUCAAAUUCUUAACUCUCCAAUUUUCAACAAGGGUUCAGCGUUCACCAGACAAGAACGUGAGGCAUUCAAAUUGACGGGUUUAUUACCUUCCCAGGUCAAUACCCUUGAGGAACAAGUGGGGAGAGCAUAUGCCCAAUUUUCCUACUUGAAAACACCAUUAGCCAAAAAUGACUUUUUGGUGUCGAUGAGAAUGCAGAAUAAGGUUCUUUACUAUGAAUUGGUCAGAAAACACAUUCGUGAAAUGUUACCCAUCAUCUACACUCCCACUGAAGGAGAUGCCAUUGCCGCAUACUCCCAUCGGUUCCGUAAACCUGAAGGAUGUUUCUUAGAUAUCAAUGAUCCUGAUAGCAUUCCUCAGCGUCUUGCGUCCUACGGAGAAGACAAAGAUAUCGACUACAUUGUCGUUUCUGAUGGAGAGAGCAUCUUGGGUAUCGGAGACCAAGGUGUGGGUGGUGUAAGAAUUGCAAUUGCAAAAUUGGGACUUAUGACAUUAUGUGGAGGUAUUCAUCCUGGUAGAACUUUGCCAGUUGUGUUGGAUACGGGAACUAAUAACGAAAAACUUCUUUCUGACGACUUGUACAUGGGCAACAAGUUUCCAAGAGUCCGUGGUGAACAAUACUGGGACUUUAUCGACAAGUUCAUCACCGCAGUCAAAGAACGGUUUCCUAGCGCAGUACUCCAUUACGAAGACUUUGGCGUCUCCACUGGACGUACAAUGUUACACAAAUAUCGCCAAGCAAUUCCUUCAUUCAAUGACGAUAUCCAGGGUACCGGAGCUGUGGUUAUGGCCUCGAUGACUGCAGCAUUGAAAUUCACAAAUCGUAAUCUUCUUGACUCCAAAGUGUUGAUUUACGGAGCAGGUUCCGCAGGGUUGGGAAUUGCAGAUCAAAUCGUUAACCAUAUGCGCAGCCAUGGUGCUACCACAGAAGAAGCAUGCAAGUCCAUCCACUGUAUGGACAGAAGAGGUUUGAUUUUGAAAUCUUAUGAUGAUUCUACCGAGGGCCAGAAACGCUAUGCUGAUGACGAUGCCGACUGGGAGGGUAUCGAUACAAAGAAUUUGGUGGAAGUGAUCAAAAAGGUUAAACCUACGGCCCUUGUGGGAUGUUCCACACAACCGGGAGCUUUCACUGAAGAAGUGGUGAGAGCCAUGUACGAGCACAAUAAGCAACCAAUCAUUUUCCCCUUGUCAAACCCUACUCGUUUGCACGAGGCUAUCCCAGAGGACUUGAUGAAAUGGACUGAUAACAAUGCAUUGAUUGCAACCGGAUCACCCUUCCAACCUGUCAAUGGAUAUGUCAUUUCCGAGAACAAUAAUUGCUUCACAUUCCCUGGAAUUGGUUUGGGAGCAGUUUUGUCCAGAUGUUCCACCAUUUCCGACUCCAUGAUUUCUGCUGCCGUUGACCAACUUGCAUCGUUGUCUCCCAAGAUGGAGAAUCCUAAAAACGGAUUGCUUCCCAGAUUGGAAGAAAUCGACGAGGUGAGCGCUAAGGUAGCUACUGCUUUCAUCUUACAAUCCUUAGAAGAAGGUACCUCCAGAGUAGAAAGCGAAAAGAGACCAGACGGAGGAAUGGUCCAUGUACCUCGAGACUUCAAUGAGUGUUUAAAGUGGGUUCAAUCACAAAUGUGGAGACCCAUUUAUAGACCGCUUGUUAAAGUUGAGCAUGUCCCCGAGAUCCACACUUUCCAACACUAA